GAAUACUAAAUUAAUUGAAUUGAGCUAGACUGCUGUCAAGGUGAACAGGGACGCUACAUUUUUUAGAGUAAAAACAAGUUGGAAAAUGUUGUUUUAGUCCAGCAUUUGUUGAAGGAUUUUUCUUUGAAAUGGAUUAAAGUCCAAAUGGUUUGCAUAUCAACCUGGUUUAGUUGAAGGUAAACGGUACAAAAGACUUGGACACCGCCAAUUACCUUAGUGUCAUUCUCACAUUUAUCAAGUGGUGAACCCUAGAUCUGCAACACGCUCCUCGGGCAGUAGUACCAUUUCAGUGCAAAAGAACAAAGGUUUGUUCUCUAUGCCAGUGAGUGCUGACGAUGGCAGGGGUGACCGGAAGCCGAAGGGGUGUUCGCAAGAAAGCCCAGGACAAGGCGUUCUAUGAGAAACCGGCCAAUAAGGAAACCAGUGCCGACAUCAUAGCCGACGCCCGGGCCGCUUUGAGAACUGUUCCGACCACACGACCUUUCACCCCUAGAGAGGACAAGAGGACAUUGUUUAGCGGGAGCACAUCCAGGGCACCAAAUGAGCGGCCUCCGUCGGCAUUCAGUUUGGGUUCAAGGCACUUUGAUGGACCUGAUUCGAGACCUCCAACUGGAUCCAGGCUCUCACCUUUGGACCAUAAACCAUCACCUCCACCGAUCAAACAGAUCUCGAUAGAUGACCAUUGUCCAAAGCUCCCCAAACCGCCCUCUAUUGAGCCCAAACGGGGAGGUUCAGGUCAGAGGAGAGCACGUCCCAAGCUGCUGAGUGCUCUGAGUCAGGAUGGAAGUGCCAUCCAAGUCCUACCCAAGCCCAUGGAGAGGAAGAACUCGGCCCCAAAGGUGUCUAGUCUGAGCAAUGAAAGAAGGGUACAGAGUGGUCCAAAAGAAAGGACCAAGCAACUCCUUGAUGACGGAGAAGCUGAUGCCGGUGCCGAAGACGAAAGGUUGACCCGCCCCUCCCCCGAUAGUGGGGUCACGAGGGUUAGGUCAGCCGACAGCAUCCAGACCAGUAGUUCAAGUACCAGUCGGUCUUCAACUUCAAGUGGAAGUAUAAGCACAGAGAGGUCGGAGAGUGGCUAUUCUAGUGAGAGGCAUUCUGCAAGCAGUAGGUCUGGAAGCGGUGGAAGAAGGGAAGAUGAAAGUCCAGAGGAGGCCCUCUAUUGGAACGAGAGGGUCAGUCCCAUCUUAGAGAAACUAGCAUCAUUAUCUAAAACCAAACUAGACGAAGAUGCUGCUCAAGAAGCUUGCAUUCUGUGCAAUGACCUAUACAGCACCUUAGGGGCGAGAGACAUGCUGGGCCGAGGGGCCAAGAGAAGAUCAUCGGCCCUAAAGGCCGUCUUUAAACUCCUAGAUCAGACAGAUCCAAGGCUACUCAUAAAAGCAUCCAAAAUCGUUCUUGCACUUGAUGUAACAGGUAGUAACCUCAAGGCUCUCUGUCGACUCCUCUUCAAACUCAGCCGAGAUGAGAAGAACGAUUCUCUGUUCCUUGAUAAGGAGUUAUUAGACCUGAUUGUUACAUUGAUUGCAAAGACGGACUACAUAACAAACUGUGAGGCUCUAGUAUACUGUGUAGGAGGAUUGAAGUGUUUAUCUGCCAACAGUGAACUGAAUAAAGCCCUUUCUGAGAAGGGGCUUAUUGAAGCCCUUGGUAGGAUUCUCAAGUCUGUUAAUGCCUCGACAUCGUCAGAGUCGCGGAGCAAGAAUGUGUCCAACCUACUCCUCCAGAUCGUGGGCACUCUUCGGCACCUGGCCGACAGGGGUGAGAACAGACAUGACUUCUUAGCAAACAAAGUAAUCAACCAUCUGUGUGGUAUCAUGGAGCUGUUCACAUCAGACGGUGAUCUCAUGAUGCACGUAUCAAGGAUAUUGAGCAAACUGACCCUGAACAAUGACUGUACUGCAGUCCUCGCUGAGCACCCAACCGCUUUCCAGUCGCUCCUAGCCCUCAUCAACAAACACCCUGAUAGGAAUGACCUGGUCGUCAGAGUUGGCUUUGUCUUAGGGAACCUGACGGCAAGGAACGAUGACUGUCGCUAUUGCCUUUUCAACACGGACGGAGCCAUGGAGGUCCUUCAGGGAUCCAUCAGGAGAUACAUGGCUAAAGAUCUCAGGGAGAGUAUGAAAGACUCUGGGGAUGCAAAGCAAGACGGCACGAUAGAGGAUGUAUUGAUCAAGCUGAUCCGUGUCGUAGCAAACCUCUCCAUCAAUCCAGACAUUGGGCCUCUUAUAGCAGCCAAUGAGACAUGUGUGGAUCUCCUUAUGCAAGUUCUAGGUGAGAUUCUAGUAGAUUUUUUUUUCUUCUCGUCUCGCCAGUAUAGCAGAAGCAAGACAUAG